AAGUGUGGAGAGUCUCAUGGCACGAGAGAGCGAGCCACAUCGCCAAAGUGCCCUCGCGCUGCUGCUCAACUUUGCUUGCCCUUUCCCGGCGUCGCGCGUGUGUGUGUGCGCGCGCGCUCAGACGACAGGACUAAAACCGAGGCCAAAGACGCGCGCGCGCGCAGCGGCGCUCCACAGUUGCGUCCCCGGCUCCUCGCGCUCCGCGGACGGACUCCUUCAGAGGGAUAACGCCGCCGUGUCUGGACAUGUGAGAGGCGCAGGAGCGAGCGCGGUCGGCGUGUUGGAGUGAGCGAGUGCGCGCGCUGUGUGUGUGUGUGGACGCGAACAUGAAGCUGAAGACUUCGCUGUGGGGCUUCUUCGCCUCUCUGCUCGCUUCAGGGGCGCUGCUGGGGGGCUGUGACUCGCAACAAGUGUGCACUGGAACAGAGAAUAAGCUGAGCACUCUGUCGGAUCUGGAGCAGCAGUAUCGGACUCUGCGUAAAUACUAUGAGAACUGUGAGGUGGUGAUGGGAAACCUGGAGAUCACCAGCAUCGACCGCAGCCGAGACCUUUCCUUUCUCAGGUCAAUCCGGGAGGUGACGGGUUACGUGCUGGUGGCUCUGAACCAGUUUGACUAUCUGCCGCUGGAGAACCUGCGGAUCAUCCGUGGCACGCGACUUUAUGAGGAUCGCUACGCACUUGCAAUCUUCCUCAACUACCGGCGUGAUGGAAACUUCGGCCUGCGGCAGCUUGGCCUCAAGAACCUGACAGAAAUUCUGCACGGAGGAGUGUAUGUGGACCAGAAUAAGUUCCUGUGCCAUGCCGACACCAUCCACUGGCAAGAUAUUGUGAAGAAUGCCCGUCCCGAUCAUCUGGUGGUGCCAUCCAACAGCAGCAACUCCUGUCAGAGGUGCCACCGUGCGUGUAAUGGCCGCUGCUGGGGUCAAAAGGAGAACCAGUGCCAGAGCUUAACUAAGACGGUAUGUGCUGAACAGUGUGAUGGGCGAUGUUUCGGGCCCUAUGUGAGUGACUGCUGCCAUCGCGAGUGUGCAGGAGGCUGCUCGGGGCCUAAAGACACCGAUUGCUUCGCAUGCACUAACUUCAAUGACAGUGGGGCUUGCGUGACUCAGUGCCCUCAGCCAUUCGUCUACAACCCCACCACCUUCCAGCUAGAGCACAACCCCCGAGCCAAAUACACCUACGGAGCGUUCUGCGUCAAAAAGUGUCCUCAUAACUUUGUGGUGGACCACAGCUCGUGUGUGCGCGCCUGCCCCAGUAACAAGAUGGAAGUGGAGGAGAACAAGAUAAAGAUGUGUAUCCCCUGCACAGAUAUCUGCCCCAAAGCGUGUGAUGGCAUCGGCACUGCGAGUCUGCAGAUGGCUCAGACUGUGGACUCCAGCAACAUCGACAAGUUUGUCAACUGCACUAAGAUCAAUGGCAACCUGGUGUUCCUCAUCACGGGAAUCAAAGGGGAUGCUUACCACAACAUAGAAGCCUUGGACCCAGAGAAACUCAACGUGUUCCGCACUGUUCGAGAGAUCACUGGUUUCCUGAACAUUCAGUCAUGGCCAGAAAACAUGACAGACCUGAGUGUGUUCUCCAAUCUGGCAACCAUUGGUGGUCGAUCGCUAUACAGUGGGAUCUCUCUGCUGGUGCUGAAGCAGCAGUGGAUCUCAUCUCUGCAGCUGCAGUCGCUGCGCGAGAUCAGCGCCGGUAAUGUCUACGUCACCAACAACAGCCAGCUGUGCUACUACAACACCAUCAACUGGACCAGCCUGUUCCGCAUCCCCACCCAGAAAGCCCUGAUCCGCAACAACCGAGACCCAAAAGAGUGCAUCUUGGAGAGGAUGAUCUGUGACCCGCUGUGUUCAGACGCCGGGUGCUGGGGUCCGGGGCCGGAUCAGUGCCUGUCAUGUAGGUUCUUCAGUAGAGGACGCACCUGCGUGGAGUCCUGCAACCUUCACCAUGGAAUGGCUGGCUCUAGGCCCAAGCAGCUCACCAGGCCGUACAUGCUGGAGAAGCGGGAGGCAGGUGUGGAGAGGGAUGUGCGGGAGUUUGCUAACGGCUCCGUGUGUCUGGAGUGCGACGCUCAGUGUGAGAAAGCAGAGGAUGACGGUCUGACGUGCACUGGACCAGGUCCUGAUCACUGUGUGAAGUGUCUGCACUUUAAGGAUGGUCCCAACUGUGUGGAGAAAUGUCCUGAUGGUCUUCAGGGAGCCAACAGCUUCAUCUUCAAAUAUGCAGAGGCCAAUAACGAGUGCCACCCCUGCCAUAUCAACUGCACACAGGGAUGUACAGGCCCCAGACUUCAGGACUGUAUCGGCAUGAUUGACAGGACUCCUUUGAUUGCAGCGGGUGUUAUUGGAGGGUUAUUUGUUGUGGUGAUCGUAGUGCUGGGCGUGGCCGUAUCAGUGAGACGGAAAAGCAUCAAAAAGAAAAGAGCACUCAGACGCUUCCUAGAGACAGAGCUGGUGGAGCCUCUGACCCCGAGUGGUACAGCUCCUAACCAGGCCCAACUGCGGAUUCUGAAGGAGACCGAGCUGAAAAGGGUGAAGAUUCUGGGCGCUGGAGCUUUUGGCACCGUCUACAAGGGGAUCUGGGUGCCUGAGGGUGAGACGGUGAAGAUCCCGGUGGCCAUUAAGAUCCUGAACGAGGCAACAGGCCCUAAAGCCAAUGUGGAGUUUAUGGAUGAGGCCUUGAUCAUGGCCAGCAUGGAGCACCCCCACCUAGUGCGUCUUCUGGGGGUGUGCCUCAGCCCCACCAUCCAGCUGGUGACCCAGCUCAUGCCCCAUGGCUGCCUGCUGGAUUACGUCCAUGAGCACAAGGACAACAUCGGCUCCCAGCUGCUCCUCAACUGGUGUGUGCAGAUCGCCAAGGGUAUGAUGUAUCUGGAAGAGCGGAGGCUGGUGCACAGGGACUUGGCAGCCAGGAACGUCCUGGUGAAGUCCCCAAACCACAUCAAGAUCACAGACUUUGGCCUGGCACGGCUGCUGGACGGGGAUGAGAAAGAGUACAACGCGGACGGAGGGAAGAUGCCCAUCAAGUGGAUGGCCUUAGAGUGUAUUCACUACAGGAAGUUCACCCACCAGAGUGAUGUCUGGAGUUACGGUGUGACUAUCUGGGAGCUCAUGACAUUCGGGGGGAAGCCGUAUGAUGGGAUUCCAACCCGAGAGAUUCCUGACCUCCUGGAGAAAGGAGAGAGACUGCCUCAGCCGCCCAUCUGCACCAUCGAUGUCUACAUGGUCAUGGUCAAAUGUUGGAUGAUCGAUGCGGACAGCAGACCCAAGUUUAAGGAGCUGGCUGCCGAGUUCUGCAGGAUGGCCCGAGACCCGCAGCGCUACCUGGUCAUCCAGGGCGAUGACCGGAUGAAGCUGCCCAGUCCCAAUGACAGUAAGUUUUUCCAGAGUUUGCUGGAUGAGGAGGAGCUGGAGGACCUGAUGGAUGCGGAGGAGUACCUGGUUCCUCAUGCCUUCAACAUCCCUCCACUAACGUACACCACCCGCUCACGGGUCGACUCCAACCGGAACCAGUUUGCGUAUCAGGAUGGCAGUUUUGGUAUGGAGGAGAUGAUGGCCACCAUACCUAGAGUGGUCGCUGUAUCCGCGGUAACCCCAGCCUGUUCCUCCCAGGAGGCAUCAGCAGCCCAGCAGAGCGCAGCGGUGCCCCUGGAGGACCCGCGCUGUAACGGCACCCUGAGGAAACAGGCCACGCCCAGGCUCAGCACUGCAGAGGACAGCAGUGGUCAGCGGUACAGCACUGACCCCACCCUACUGCUGAGCGAACGGGCAGCCAGAACUGACAAAGACCAGGAUGGAUACAUGAGCGCAAAGAAGGACAAAAACCCCUCAGAUUAUCUCAACCCUGUGGAGGAGAACCCAUUUGUUACUCGCCGCAGAAAUGGAGAAAUCCAUACACUGGACCCCGGUCACCACUCUGCCUCCAACGGCCAUCCAAAGAUGGAGGAUGAGUAUGUGAACGACCCUCUCUAUCUCAACACCUUCCAUAACUCUGGGGAGAAAAGCCAGGAGGCUUUACGGAAGAACGGGAUACCUGUGGCUCACACAGCGGCGGCAGCAGCGGCAGCCAACCCUGGAGCCUCCAGUGCCCAAAACCCUGCCCACAGUGCCCCCACUUCCCACACACAUCUCCCAGCGCAGCCCAUUUAUUCUGGCCAACCAGGCCUCCCAACACUGUCUGGUCACACCCUUCAUCCUUCCCAUUCUGGACACCCGACACUCACUCUCCACCCAGCCCACACUGGCACCAUCAUGGCUGAUAAAAAGCCCAAAAAGACAUUUGACAAUCCUGAGUACUGGCAGCACAGUCUUCCACCCAAGGCCACUCUUCACAACCCAGAGUACCUGCAGGACUGCAGCACCCGCUUCUUUUACCGACAGAACGGCCGCAUCCGGCCAGCUGUGGCCGAAAACCAGGAGUACCUGACCGAAUAUGCUCUGAAACCUGGGACAGUGCUGCCCCCACCCCCAUACAGGCAGAGGAACACAGUGGUGUAGUAAAUGGAGGAGAGGGGGAAGAAAUAGGAUGGAAGAGGAGGUGACUCAUGGUCAUUCUUUCACUCAUUCAUUCAUUCAGACCUUUAUUUAACCCCUUAAGGCAAGACAUAUGGCUUAUUACUCAGUUAUUAUCCAGAAACUACUCAGUAAAACACAGUGGAGCCUCUAUGUAAGUUAUAAAGUUACAAUAGAGAAAGCGAAGUCUCUAGAGACUCUAGUCUUUGAGUUUCGGGAGCUCACAAUACGCUGAGGGAUCAUUAUUAUGUAACACAGCACAUGAUGGUAUCGGGUGAAAGAAUCAAAGCAAUUAAUGAAGUGAUAAAAAUAAUGAGAUUAGUAGAGCAACAAAGUAAUAACAAUGACAUAAACUGUCAACUAAAACAUUUACAAUCUGAAAGUAAUUGGAAAUUUUACAUUUAAAUACACCAAAACAACACAAAGUGAGAUAACUUUAGACUGUAAUGUAGCGUGGCUUGUUUUACGAGUUCCCAUUACCUAAAACCAGAUUUUCAUCAUAUUCUCACAACUGUAUCCUCACCCUUGAUCUCUCACCAGCACUAUUCACCUUCUCCUUCCCUCAGUUCCUCUCCUCUACCAACUGGGGUUCAAGAGCAACCUUCAGAAGUCUCCCCUUCAGAAGGGGGUGCUGUAAACAAGACGUGCCAGUCAACCUAUCUUCUUUAGUGCAAUCUAAAGGAGGUGCUAACCCCUCCCAACUCCCAUCAUGUGCACAUAUCACGGUUACAAUGGUGACCUAGCCUCCUGGGCUUAGCAUCCUCUGAUCUGACCACCCACUGCUCCACCCCUCACUGGAUCCAUAACUAGUAGGCAAGUAGACCCUCAUGAGAGAUACCUUUGACCACAAAACAGAUGGCACAGCAUGGACAAUGGUGACAAAGAGCAACAAGCACUGGGCUGGAUCCAUAUGGGCCAAACCUGGAGAUGGGGAGGCCUCCUUCUGGACUUCUACACUGGUUUUGUUGGGCAUUUUUUUGCUGUAAUCUUUGCGUUUGGGCCGUCUGUGCAAGGUUACACCUCUGGACACCCAUACAUUGCUUACUAAUAGAUCACCUCAGUUGAAAGCUGUGUAUUGCAACUUCUACUACAAUCUGUAGACGCAUCAUAAACCCAUGUCACUCGUCCCAGGAGGAGACAUACAUGCAUCACGUCUCUCGCUGCAUCCUUGACACAUUCAUUUAGUCCCUCCGGUCACUCGCUCUGUGUUUCUCAUUUCAUAAAUAGCAUAGGAGUCAUUUUUCACUCAUCCAUGUGCGGCCAUCUAAAUUGCAUCAAUGCACUGAAGGUCCAUUGACCUUCUGCUUGACUCCCACAUUCAGAGGUGAUGUAACAGUGCAAACCUUAUGCAUCUCAUUCAUACUUGCACACAGACGGCCAGUUCCUUCAUAACUAGACUUGGGUCCACAGCACAGGCUGGAACACAUACAGGAGCAUAUGAUGGCUAUGGAAUAUUCUUCAAAUACUGUGCUGCAUCUUUUUUUUUUUUACAGUCCAGCCAGCAUCAAUUCCGAUCAAACAGAAGUCUGACAUAUAUAUAGAUACAUCUCUUUGAGGAUAUGGAUUGCACAAGCUGGAUCUACCUUAAUGUUGGACGAAUUAACUUUCACAAUGAUGACCAAGGCACAUACAGAUGGGGCAGCUUGAAUUCACCGAAAUGGAGCAGGGUGUAAAUGUGUACAAACCUAUGGAGAUGACACAAAGGCCUCAUGAGUGCACUCCCAGACACUACGCAGUCCAGAGUAAUGGCUGCUGAAUUAUUAUCACGAGGCAUAUUAAAUGCUAUUAUGAUCCAUCAACCAAGGGGUCAGCCAGUGGCACACCAUGGCACUGGCUAUGGAUGGAAUGCACUAGCUGGCACACGCGUCUGCCUGCAGUCAUUAACGCUGAUCUAGAGGAGCGCAAGGGGGGCAGAAAUACUGUCGUGCCACGAGGAACAAAUGAGGAUGUGAAAAUAGAACAUUUGCCCUUAGGGCCCCAGACCUGUCUGCCUGAUAUCAGUCUUCUCCCUUUGGACUGUCCUUCGAAGAAAAGAAAAAAAAAAGAGAAAUUUGGAGAAAUCAUACUUUCUAAGUUUAUAUAAUAAGGUGUUGUUUUCUCACAAGCGUCAAACAUCAUAGGUAGAAGAAAAUCAUGCCAUGCAAAUGUCCGGCCAGAAAAAAAUAACACAUGUAGUUCUGAGCACUGCCAGGCAUUAUGAAUCGCUGCUAACGGAGGGUCUGAUGUGGAAGUUUUUUUUUUAAAAGCACUUAAUGGUCUGGCACAAUCAAAUAACUUAUUUUCUACCACUAAGACUGUUGAAUACUCAUUUGUUUGAAUUCUGUUUUGUCCAUGCUGGUAGAGAAAAGCCGGCCUGCUUGUGCCACACCAUGUGUUCUGUGUAUGUUCUAUGGUUUUUUGCUUUUGGUUUUUUUAGCUUGCUAAUGAAGGUUUAUCUAUCAUCUGGCAUGGCACGUCCUGCUGAUUUGUACACACAGAUUGAGUUCAGUGCAGACCUAAUGAGGAAUCCCUGUUGGCAUCGCUCAUUAGUCCAAGACUAAGCUUAAUCUGUGAGUGGAAAAAACAGUCCUGGUGGUUCAACACAAGGACUUUAGCUAAUGUUUUUCCAUUCCUGUAGACAGAUUUGGCAAAUGGCAGUGUCGGCUCUGUACCGAGAGUUGAAAUGUACCCAACUGACAUUACUUAAAUGAAGUAUUUACCUCAAGCAUUGCUUGCUUUAACCUUCAGAGACCCAAGCACUAAUUUUGUUGAUGUAGUUUCAUUUAUUUUCUUUUAAACUGUUUAUUGAAAGCUACUGACCAUAUUUUAACUUUAUUUUGCUUUGGAGUAGAUUUUGGGGUUUUGAAACUUACAGUCAUACAAAAAAGUUUCGUUAUUUUUUUUAGAGAAUUUUAAAAGUCGACCUUAACCUUGUAUAUUGUGUUAAAAUGUUAUGAUAAAUGGAGAAAUAGAAAUGCUCCAGAAUUACUUCUUAAAAAUCUUUAUUUACUUUCAUUUAAAAGUUAGAAACAUUUUCCCUGUUCCUGUAAAGUUACCAUUGUUGAUAUUUUAUGCAUACACACACACACACACACACACACACACACACAUAUAUAUAUAUAUAUAUAUAUAUAUAUAUAUAUGUAUUAGGCCUGAUUCAUUUUUAUGUCGACAACCAGAGCUGUAAUUUUUGAUUAGUGUUUCACACUCUAUUAUUGCCAAUGUUGAUACAAUGCAAGUUUUAAGUAGGGAAAUUUGACCUAAUAACAUGGAGCUUGUGAACUGCUGUGACAACACAACCACAAAUAACUGGCAGGCUGGCGCACUGUGUUAAAAGUUUAAGUCUCAAGCCAGAAAAAAAUGGCUGGUCCUCUUACCAACAAAAAAGGCUCAUACCUCAAUUUAUACUUCAGUUAUAAACAGUAUAAACUCAGAAAAAUCACAAUUACAUUAGUUUAUCUCCAAAAUGUUAACUUUACAGGAGAAGGAAAAACUUUACUUUUAAUGUAAGUCAAUGGAACCAGACGUUUUUCCGAGUAUCUUUUGGUCCAGUGAUCAUGGGAUUUACACACAAUGUAAAGAGCAACAGGCAUUUUCAAAUUAUGUCAAAAACCGAAAAACAACCAAAAUGGAGAUACGAGGUUUUCUUCUGCCAGCAGCGAGAUAUAUAUAUAAACAUUAAGAAUGACGGGAAAACAUAUCACCGGUAACAUAUUUACUUCUCAGAUCGGCAAAUUUGCCCCAGAACACACCACAGUUAUAUCAGUAGGAAAUGACCAUGUUGUUUGGAUGUGGACCACUGGCAUGUUUUCUUUCAGCAGGCAUUUGUCUCUGGGGGUUAAAAUGAAUCUGCUGUCCAACGGACCUCUAGCUGAAACUCAUCUGUGCUGAGGUUUUCAAAGAAAUGCCAAAUUGUUGUGUAAUGUGUCCCAAAUAAUGUUAUGGUGUAAGACAGUGAACUAUAGUACGAUUCCUCUAUAAAAAUCUUAAAGAGAUGUAAGAAUCCUGCACAGGUACUUUAAAUGCUAUUAUGUCGUCUCUCAGCACUAAUUAUUAUGGCAUUGGUUCAUGUCUGUGUGGAAUAAUUUAUGGCACCAAACUGAACCGAGACCUGAUAACUACUGUCUGCUGUUUUACUGUUAAAAUGAGGUGAGAAGGAUGUCUCAUAUUUUUUAUGAAGACACUGCUGUUACCUGGAGGAUGAUAUUAAAGGUGCGGUUGGCUGUGGAUUCUGAGAGGGUUGAAUAUCAUAAGUACAGUCUAGUAAUACACGACUUUAGUUGUUUUUGUUUUGUUGAGUAAUGCCCAUGUGCCAUGCCUCAUACGCAAAACAAACAUUUUACUUUUCAUAAUUUUAAACAUGUGCAUCACAUACUGCAGCUAAGAAGAGGCUCGUCGAGGUGUCAAAACUGUACAGUAUGUAGCAAACACUGUGGAUACAGGAUGGACGAAACCCUCCUUAAACUAACAAGCAGCUAAGCAAGGAACGUCUUGACCAAAACAUGGGAGGAGGCAGAGAGGUCUAGCUGGAGCUCGUAGCCACUGGGAGCUUUUUCCAAGCUGAAGUGCUUUUGCACUAAAGCCUGUGUCGUGGAGGUGGGGAUUACAGUACAACUUCCUUCAACAAAAACCCAGAAAGGAGGAUAAACAUUUUGGACUUGAUGCUCAUUUUUUCUUCUUUGGGGUGAAAUCUAAUUUUCAGACAAAGCUUCUGGAAACAUGACCACUGUAAAUAUUAUCUGGGGGGUUAUUUUUGGUUUUGGAGGAUUGCAGGAUGUUGAAAUAAUGUGAAGAGUUUUUUUUUUGUAUUAUUUUGUCUGUAUUAUUUUACACGAUUUUCCUUCUCAAAGAUAUGUGGAGUAAUACCUUAUGUUGAUUAACAUCCCCCAGCUUCUGCAAACACUUUACUGGGACUUAAUAGCUCAUAAGACAUAUAAAUAGUUUAGUGAGGGUUAUAUAUUUGAAAGAUGUUGACCUUAAAAAGCAUAUAUGUAAAACUUUAUUUGACCUGUAUUUUAAUGCAAUAAGCUUAAUACACAUAGAAUAAUAUACAGUACUCAGAAUAGACCUCUAAGGUGGUGCAUCCUUUUGUGUACACCAUUAGGCCCAAAUAAAGAGCUCCAGGUCUAAGCUGUUUUUCUCUAUGGUAAAAAUGAAUGGCAUGUUCAGAAAAGGUCUAAAUCGCACACUGUGGUAAACAGAUUACGUAAAAAUGAAUUAUGAGGUCAUUAAGUCAUCAAAACAUAAACAUUGCUCUAUUCAUGCCACAAGCAACCAAACUGUCCUGUGCAUUUAACUGACUUACAUGAAUAUUUAUGGUAUUUGGCAGACUCUUAUCCAGACCGGCUCACAGUUUGAUCAUGUUACACAGGUUGGUGAACGUAGCAUUAAGAAUCUUGCCCAAAGACUCUUACGGAUAUGUUUUUACCCACAGAGGUCUCAAUUCCCAGUCUGCCACAUUGAGGACCAACAAUGGCCACAAGACAGGGUGUUAAGGCAGGGCCUCGGACACAAAGGGCUGUGAGUGACAGUGGGAGGAGGACGUCAGCUGCCAGAGAGGGGAGCGAUGACAACAGCCACUAAAGGCACGAGUCCUGAACUUGGCCACCCAGGCUCCCUCUCCUGUGCCGAAGUGAGGCCGAGCUGGGGAAUGGGGGCAGUGACGGGGAGGCGGAGCAACAAGCUCCGUCCCUCUUGGCACAGGUGCUCACACUGCCCUUAAUUAGAGCCAAUUGAUGGUGAUCUGCCAUUGGCAGGGUGACGUCCUUGUCCCGCUGUCACUCACAGCUCUUAGUGUGCGAGGCUCAGGCACCACCUUCACGAUCCCCAUUGUCGUUGGUACCCCAUAUAACAACACCAGCUCACCAAAAUAGAACGUUAUAUUCAGAUUUUUAUUAUAUUCUCUUUUUAUUUUUUUAUUUGAUUUUAUUUUUUUUUGGCUCCGGAUGUAAACAUUCUUUUUUGAGACUUUUUUGAUUAACUUCACUCCGGCAUAUUAAAGAGCAUAAUGGUGGUGCAAUAACCCAAAAGUUGUAUUUGGAGGCCACUUAUUUAGAGCUGGCACUGCUUGUAGACUAUUACUACCACGAUUGACAAAGCUUGCUGGUUUGCAUAUUGUAUUUAGAGUUAAAUAAUGAAUGACCCUCAUCUCAGCCAGUCAAAAUCAUCUCUAAAUGUUACUUUCUGUACAUCCAACAAAAGAAAAACUCCUCAGAACAAACCUGCAGUGAGAACGGUGGUGGCAGUAAAUUAGUGAAUUGAGUUAUUAGGCAAAGAAAUGGUGGAAAGGUGUUACUGAGGAAUGUAUAAGACUUAAAGCACGGUGUCCUGAUCAUCUGGAGGGAAGAGCUGCUUUUAUUUUAUGUAGAAGCUCUUUUGUUUGUUUUUGUUUUUUUGGGGGGUUUUUUUCGUUACGGUGAUUUUGGCCCACAUUCAUAUUUGGUCAGUUAUGAAACGUAUGACUGCACUGAUCAUCUUGUCAGACCAGUUUUUGGAUGAGAAGUGUUUCAAAUGAACACUUGUGCUGCUGAACACUUAUCAUCUGUUAGCAAAAGUGUUACAGACGAUACCAGUUUUGAUGGACAGGGAGGUGGAGCUCUCUUAGAAUCUUGCAUACUGUCAGUUAAAUGCACAAGAUCACAGUACUCAAGCCUUCAUACGUCAAAUGGUGUGCUAUUUGGUUGAAAAAGUGUAUACAGGAGUGAACAUGUAGGCUGGAGAACCAACCACAGGGCUCUAAAAGUGUGAUUUUCUAAAACGCCAUUCAUUUUUCCCGCAGCGGGCUCAUCUGGGUGCUAAUGAUGAACUAGAAAAUGAUGACAUGGCAUGACAAGCCUAUUUCCCUGUGCAGUGGCAACAGAAAAGUAACAUUUAUGAGAGUCUUCCUCACAUGGAAUCAAAUCAAGGGGGAAGGUUGUGAUUUGCAGCACAUUUUCGGCACACUGUUAUUAACGACAGCCAGUCUACUGAUAAAGUUUUAUUCAAAUCCUCUUACAAAGUACUGAUUUAUAUCCAGCGCUGCCACCGACACUUGAACGAGGGAUGCGCCAAGCACUGAAUUACGCAGGGAUCGGGUUCAGGUUUAUCGUUCAUGUGAGUGUAAUUUGUCUCUUCUGAUGUAUUUACAGUAAAUUAUUCCACUCGCAUCCACUCACACUCAGAACCUACAGAGAGACAGAGUAAGCACAGUUUACACGCCGAUCAUUCGUUUUAUAUUACAGUUAAGGGAAGGCAUCACUCUUCCUGAAACGCUAAACCUUUUGGAAUGGUUGUUUCCUCGCGAUUUUACUACUGUUAACUGAGAAAAUGUGAAUAGUAUUUUUAUAGAUUGUUGAAGAAUUGGCCAGGUGCAUUUGUACAUAGAUGGGUAUCUCAUGCUCUUUUGGACUGCAAUGAUAUAUUUGUUGAUUUUGAUUUUGAUUUCUUUCGGUUUACUGCGUCUCACUACGUCUUUGUUUAACCACAUUGUGUGUGCGUGAUCAGCUAUUCCUCUUUGCUUUCUGUAUAUAUCUGUAAUUUGAACAGCACAUACUUUCUUUGUAGAGCUUGCGGGUUUUUUGUAGUGCCCUGAUGUGAUCCUUGUGACUGUAUUUAGCACAGCUUUGGUGGAUCUUGUGUUCUUUAACCUCUGCCCUUUUGCUCAAGUGGUGGGAGAUUAUUUUCUUUCUUUCUCUCUUUCUUUCUGUCGGGUAUAACCUCCCUCGUAUCUUUAUUUUUAUCUUUUGUACAGAAAUCCCGCUGUAAGGGUCGGGGAGUCAGGCGCCCUUUUGCAAUACUGUUCAUAUCCCCUCGGUGUGAAGAGAACUCGGUUGCCAGACAUUUUCUUUUUUCCCCUGACUUUUUAACCAUGCCGCAGUACAACAUAUAUGGUUCUUCAUCGCUCCACUUUCACUGGUCACGUUCCCCAACCUACGCUGCCCUGAGUCCAUAUUUAUGAGGCCUGUCCAGUAGUGCUUGGCGAUAUUGAUGACAUUCAGCAUCCCAAGAUUUUCCAGAUUUGUCAUGGUAUCAGAGAAUAUGUGAGUGUGCAUUAACCAUUAGAGAUCAGGAGGUCAUUUUAUGAUACUAUUUGAGUGUAAUUACACAAUUAUGUAGUAAUUACACAGUAAUUACAUGUAAUUAAUAAAUCUGAACAAUAUUAUAUUUGUUUCAAUGUCAAAUUUGCCAAAUUUAACAAAUGUGACAAAUACUUAAAUUAUGCUUUUUCUUUCGGGAAAAAGCAAGAUUGUGCGCAUAACUUUUUUCUGUGUACAUAAGAACAAUAAUAAGAGACAGAAACCAAAUUUUUAGGAUUGAAGCUAGUUUUUAUGUAUUUUUAACCGUUUUAACAAUCUGAAGCUUCUAGCAAAUGGCAUAUAUAUAUGUCGUCCAGCACUACUGUCAGGGUAAGAGUGUUAAUUGAGGAUCAGCUGCUUAUAGAAUCAUAUUCAUACCGAUGCCACCUGGCUGAAGUUGACUCUAAACCAGCACUGUUACUCUAAGAAAUGUGACCCUGUAAGACCUCAGGGUUGCAAUACCCAUCCCGGGACACUAUUCUGAGAUGUGGCUGUGGCAUGGCAGUCCGCUCACUUUAAUUGCCCUCUAAUGGCUCUUCUCUGAGAGAUUAAUGUGUCGUCAUGUGUUAUCCACUCUGACAAAUUGACUAAUUGAUUGGACGGCUCAUUUUGCCACUUCAGCUUUGAGUGAUGACUUGUCAGAAUGGACUCUUGUCUUCUUUUUUCUUUCUCUUCUUUUUUCUUUUUUUCUUUUUUUAAGAAGAGAGGCACCACGGAGAGAAGUACACUCCGUGGAUGGGUUCUUCUUGCUCUCACCUGCCACCUACAGGCAGGAUGGAGCCCAAACGCUCUGCCCCACCACAGGUCCCCAUCCUACCCUCAACAAAAAAACGCUAGAGCAUUUAAAUACAGUUCCACAGUUUUGUUACAUGAAUCUGUCAAAAAUAUAUUUUUAAUUUAAUAUAAAUAAAUACCAAUACAGUAUCUAAA